UCGCGCUUAACAAACAUGGCGGACUAGUAGUAGUCUUAACUGGAAGUUGUCCUGCAAUUUUCUUCCAGUUUUUACUGCGUAGGACGCUGGUUACGAUUUAAUUGUGGACAUCCUUCAUCAAAGUUUAAUUUUAAAGUGUUUGUAGACCUCUUGAUUGCUUUAUUUCUGCAUUGGUUGGAGAUCUAACCGCAAUUUUAUUGAAUCUCCCGCGUGCCGUAGAUCAAUGUCUGAACAAAGUGAAACAUAAUCUUUACAAUCAUCGUUUAGAUUAUGUGUUAUUUAUCAUGUCUAUGAGCAGCGAUGAGGUCAACUUUCUAGUUUACAGAUAUCUUCAAGAAUCAGGUGAGUUUGUAGUUCCCGGUAUCAAUCAGUCAUCUGUAUGAUAACAAAUUUUCGUAAGAUUCUAUAGAGAUUUUGCCGUCAUUGGGUGCAAUUAUUUUGCUUUUAUCACAUUGAGUGUUAUUCCAAGCCCACGUUGUGAACAAAAUUUAUUCUAAUUACUGCUCUUUACGCCCAAAGUAAUGAAAAUUAUUUGAAAUAUAUUCAGCUACUAGAUUCUACUGGUGUUUAGACAGAUCGGACCCUCUUUGGAAACUCUUGACAAUAUUUUCUUUGUUGGAGACCAGCUGCACUGUUCAAACGAUACGAUUAAAUCGAGAAAUGAUAGAGUUUCGAUUGGUCGGUUGCUUUGUGGCUAUGAUUUUCUCGUUCAAAAAUUAUCUCUUGCUUAAUUUGAAACAUCCAGUGUUAGUAUAGCUAGUAUCCCGAAGAAAUAGUAAUUAAUCCCCAUGCGAAAAACUAAUUGUUGCUUGAGAUUGAGCCUAAUAUUACGAAUUAUGGAAAUGAGUUAAGACGACACUUAAUUAUUAGUACCAUUUUCAGUUUAAUUCUGCAUUUUAAAAUAUCUUACAGAUUUUUUACUUGACUUUAUUGGAAAAAUUUGAUUUGAUCAUGAAUUUUACAAGUCAAAAAUCCUAAAUACAUGUAUUAUUGAUAAAAUGCCAAUUUGAUCCAUCAAGUUAGGGUUAUCUUCAUGCCAGUAUUCUGUUGUACCUGUUAUAUUUUAUUUUUGUUUUAAGUACUUUAAUGCAUAUUGUGUCUGUCUGAAUUAUGAGAGCAGAGAUGAUUAUUAGUACUAAGAAUUAGUAUCAGUAGUAAUGUCUUUCAUGCCAGUACUUUUAGUGAGUAUUGUAAUUAUUAGCACUGUAAGUACGGUAAUACAUAUAAGAUUGUAAAUAGAAAAGUAAAGUACAUAUUUCUGAGAGGGGGGGAGAAGGGUAACCUAAGGCUGACUAGCUCUCUUUUAGGAGAGCAGCACUUUAAGAGUUUUUACGCUAUAGAAACAGCAAUAAGCAGUGGCAGUGUAGGGCACUUUGCUGGAGUGCCAACUUUACCCUUUUUAACUAUAAAUUGAGUAUGUACCCUUUGUUUCACCAUUAGGAUUUCAGCAUUCUGCUUUUACUUUUGGAGUGGAGAGCCAUGUAGACCAAUCAAAUAUUAAUGGAUCCAUUGUACCACCUGGUGCUCUGGUGUCAAUCAUUCAGAAAGGUGUACAGUAUGUCGAGGCGGAGGUGACAUUAAAUGAGGUGAGCUAAACAAAGCAAACUUGCGAUAGAGUUCUUUCUGAGAAGGUUUUUUUUUUUAUUGAAAAUCUACAAAUAACUCCUUUACAAAAGUGUUUUCUUUUUUGCUUUUUUUUAUUUGUUGAAAAUUUUGGGCAGGAUUCUGCAUCGUAUCUCUAAAGCACUGGUCAUCGUACAUUAUAUGUACAUGUAUACAACAAAAAAAUAAAAAGCCUUUGGGGAAUAUUCCUUUGAUCACUUUCUCCUUGUUGGUCUAAAUAGAGAAGACUUAUAUUUCCUUCAAUUUUAGUUUGAUAUUACCAUAGAAAAAUACUUUACACUUUGGUCAAACCAUCAGGCCUAGAAAAAAGUGCCCUUUUAACCCUUCAACUCCCAUUAGUGAUCAAGUUAGAAUUUCUCCUUACAAUAUCAACACAAUAUCUAGUAGACAACUAACAGGAAUAAAGGAAAACAUCAAUUGGGGAUCAUAAGUUGAUCCAGUACCAAAUUUUCCAAACUAACAUUAUAAGAAUUGUAUGGCAGACAGUAGGGAGAAUCACUUUUGAGAUCUGGGAGUAAAAGGGUUAAGAGAUGUUUGGGCUUAAUACAUAGAUUUAGCCAAGCCUAAAAGCAGAGCUCGCAUUUUUUUUUUCCCGCACGUCUCAAGGGCAUAAUGCCUUGCUCUGGCCAGGACUAGAACCCGGGUCAUCCAACUUGGAGCCCAGCACAUUGACCACUGGACUACUGAACAAAGCCAUGGUGUUGGUGUGCCAGCGGUACAGUUGACUGUGCAUUUUAAAAGUAGCACCUUGUACGGUCAUAUGGUCAUACAUCCAAAUUUUUUCAGCUUGAUGGGUUACUACUAUUUUGUAUAAUUAUGGGGCUACGCUCUACAAGCUUUGCUAUAAGGAGACAGUUUAUCCCUUACUGAGGCAACAUGUGUCACCUGUCAACAGAUUAAGUCUUUUAGAGAGGUUUGAUGCCAUUUAACUAGGUGCCUCGUAUUUUUUAUUGCCUGAUUUUUCUAUCAAUGCUUCCCUUUUUCAGGAUGGAACAAUACUUGAUGACGGCAGUGAACUAGAUCAUGUUUCCCUCAUUGAUGCUGUCUUACCAGACAUAGUAACCACAAGACAUACAUUGUUACAUAAUCGAGGGAUGAAACCAGAAAUUGGAAUAAAACUUGAGGAUGGACAUUACGCUCAUGUCAAUUCUAUGGGACAUGGUGAGAUGAUGGAGAUCGAUGGCACAGUUAAUGAUGCAGGGAGCAACAAAGCAUUGAUAUUGAAAGGCCAUGAACAUGAGGUAGAAAUGCUUGUAUUUGCUGGUAAACUUGUUAAAAAAUACUCACCAAAUUAUCUGUUCAAGGUGUUAAUAAGGAAAGGCCUGGAAUAUCAGCAGAUAUUUCUGUUUAUUUUCUUUCUUUUUCCUUUAGCGUGAUUGUGUGAGUUUGUGUGAUCUUGCUGUCCUGUAAUUUACCUGUACUUUGUGUUUGAAUACGUAUCAGUUGACUGCCUGACUCUGUUAGCUCCCUGUGGUUACAUGUACAUGUAUUCUAAGCAUCCAGUGCUGUAAUACUAUGUUUCAUUGUAUGCUCAUUCAAAAACGUGUUGUGUUUAACAUUUGCAUAACAACUCCUGUAGGUGUUUGUAUGCUCUUGGAAUCCCUCUCAGGAUAUACUCGCAUCUGGGUAAGUUGAAAUCAGCAAAGCAUGAACUGAACGAUAUAAACUAUUGAAAAUUUGCUUAAGUGGCUCAAACGUCGUGUUGUAGACUUUCUUUACAAAUAUGGACAUUUUAUAAUUAUGUGACAUUGCUUUUUUAUUUAUUUACCAUCUUAUCCUCAACUGUAUCUCUAGAAUUCAAAAGAAUGUUAAGCUGCAAAAAAGCACAGCUACAGUCAGAGUUUCUUGAAGAGAGACAGUUUUAGAUAUUUAUGGAUUUUUUAUAUUUUGUGGUGUUUCAUCUUUGUGGCAAAUUGUGGUUCCAAUAAACAAUAGUGGCUUUUUUCUGAAGGUGCAGGUGUCUUGAUUCUCUUGAUUUAUUCUGUAAAAUUUUUCCAAAUCCCUUUUAGGACAAACAAUCUCAGCCCUUUUAUCAGAAGUUGUGGCAAUUUCAUUAGUUAUUUAGCCAAAUAUUUUUUUCAUAAAAAAAAAAAUACUUACACAUUUUUCACACUGUUAGAUCUGGAGAUGGUACAGCAAGAUUGUGGCCAAUAAAUGAGACAGGAAUAGGAACACCUAUCAUUCUACGUCAUCAAUUCAAAGAUUUAGAAAACCAUAAAAAUACAACCAAGGAUAUAACGUGUCUGGAGUGGAAUGUAAGUUGUGCACUUAGUUUUUACCCAUGUUUUGUAUCCUUAGUUUGUGAUGGAGCCACCAAAACUUGCAUUUCAUUACUUGCAUUCCAUGCACUCUGAUGAAGGGCUAACACUUGAAACAUCAGCUUUGCAACUCUUUACCGUGGCCAACUUACAUUCUCAACUCAGUUUAUAAAACCAAAUUAUCUUGUUAUACUCCCUUACAGACACAGCACCACAGUUUCUUCAGAAACUUACCCCCUUUUUGCAUUUCAUUUGUUAGAGUUACAGCUACUGUAACUUAUUUAACCCAGACAAAUGUGGUGACCCCUUUUUAGAACAAGGAAUGGUUAUUACCUAACUCUUUUUCUGUAGAAUGAUGGAACUCUGCUAGCCACAGGUUCAUGUGAUGGGCAGGCAAGGAUUUGGUCUCCAGAAGGUAACACCAUCUAACAAUUUAAUUAUUUUCCCUAAACAUGAUAUUCAAUACUUCCACUCCUAAGAUCUCAAAAUCAAUUUCCUUACUGUUGGCCAUAUGUUGAUUAUGAUUUUAGCUUUAAGAAUUACAUGGUAAAUUAAAUGAAAACCCUUUGUUGAUGUUUUACUCUCUUCUCACAACUACCCUGCUUUAUAUUUUGUCAAUUUCUAAAGGAGAAUUUAUUUGUCAAUCACUUUUAUUGAUUACUCAUGGGAGUUAAAGGGUUACUUCUGUGUUGUGCAACAAGCACAUUCAGUAAUUUUCUUCUCUUUACAGGGGAACUGGUGAAAACACUAGGUGAUUACAAAGGACCAAUAUUUUCCAUCAAAUGGAACAAGAAAGGAAACUAUCUAAUAAGUGCUGGAGUGGAUAAGGUAAAAGUCCUAACUAUAAAACCAUCAAAAAAUUAUUGUAUUUUUACGUAAUACUCUUGAUAGAGUACUGGUAAUCAUACAUAUUACUGAAAAUGUGGUUUUAUUUCCAGAGCACUUUUGUUUGGGACUCAAAUAACUGGGAAGUUAAACAGCAAUUUUCUUUCCAUCAAGGUAAAGAAGAUAAAUUUAUUUUUAAAACAUUAAUUAACCCUGUUUGCCACAAAACUUUGAAUUUUUGUUUAUGAUUGUAAACAACACAGAUUCUUUGUUACCUCCUCUCUUUUGAUUUUUUCAUGAAUGUAUGUACAACUUGUUCUUACUAAUAUAAAUUAAUUUUGUUUACUUUUUUUUUUUUUAUAGCCCCCAUACUAGAUGUAGACUGGCAAAACAACACAAGUUUUGCAUCUUGUUCAACCGAUAAAAUCAUACAUGUCUGUAAAAUAGGAGUUGAAAAACCUGUCAAAUCAUUUCAAGGACACACUGUGAGUUUGCAUGCGCUUGUAGUUUUUGUGCCAUUUGAUUAUUGUUUUUGUGCUUUUUAAUGAUUGUUUUAGUAGAAAAGGACCCAGUAUUGGGUCUACAUAGGGCAACUUCGUCAAAGAGAUGCACAUCUAACAUGUAAAUGUAUACCAUACUCAUUCGCCAUUGUCCAUUAUUGAUUUUUCAACAGAGUGAAGUGAAUACAAUUAGAUGGGAUCCAUCAGGGUCUUUCCUAGCAUCAUGUUCAGAUGAUCUAUCAGCUAAGGUAAGUGAUUAAACUCUAAGAGAGAUUGGCUUCUGAUUUCUCCUCACAGUAUCACCCUUGAAUAAAAUGUAAAGGAAAAGAGAAUAUAGGCCACAAUCACCAAUUUAAGAAGCUCCUGAUUGUCAAACAAAUUCUCUUUGCCAGUGCCAUAUGAACUGCUAAGAGAAAAGUGAGGAGAAUAACAGUACUAAUCCCUUUAACUCCCAAGAUCUCAUUUGUAACUGUCCUUACUAUCUACCAUACAGUUCUUGUAAUGUUAGUUUGGAGAAUUUAGUAUUUAAUCAACUUAUAAUCCCCUUAUUGAUAUUUUUCUUUAUACUCAUCACUUGUUUGCUUGAUAUUGUAUUGAUAUUGUAAGGAGAAAUUCUGUCUUGGUCACUCGUGGGAGUUAAAGGGUUAUUUGGUGUUAUUCUUAGCCCUUUCAUAAUGAAUAUUUAAGUAUCUGACUCUCAAUAAUGAUCAAAUGUGAAUCCCUUUAAGCAUCCAAGAACACUGUCAAAGCUUUCUAAGCUCAAGAUUUAACCAGACCCUUGGGACUGACUAAUUCCUACCUACAAUAUCACCCUUGAAUCACACAUUUUCAUCAUGAAGGUCACAAGAAUACAGGAAAUGAUGCUAUCUGAAGGAGGUCUUGAUUGUUCAACAAAUUCUCUUUGCCAGCACCUUUGUGAAUGUAUGGAGAACAUUAUGUAGAAUAUGCAUACUGAUAUUUGGGUUUAAAUGGAUCAAACCUCUUAUUUGUUUAGAUAUGGAGCACCAAACAAGAUACCUGGUUGUUUGAUCUCCAAGGUCAUAAAAAAGAAAUAUAUACAGUAACAUGGAGUCCAACAGGACCAACAACAGUGUUUCCUAACGCACCUCUUCUCUUAGCAAGGUAUGCUGCAUGAAAUUUUAAUGUAACCUUUUUUUUUUUCUUUUUUUCUUUUUUUGUUCUUUUACAAGUUGAAAUAUUAUAUGUGUUUAAAUUGUUGUAAUUAACCCUUCAACUCCUGGAAGUGUUUAAUGUGUAACUCCUCCCUCCUUAUAACAUCAAUACACAAUCCAACAAAGAGGUAAUAAGAAUUCUCCAACUUAUCAGGUAGAAACUGUUGUCUUGAUCGAACACCAAAUUCUCAUAACUACUUUGCAAAGAAAUUUGUAGAAGCUAGUGGGGAGAAUUCACAAGCUGUGUCAGGUUGUUCAAAGAUGAGUUAGGAUAAUCCUGGGUUAGUGAGGAAUUUGAUUUCAGAUCUGAAAGCUUAAAAAAAAAAUUCAGUAGAAUUCUUUUUAUAUACAAUUUGACGACUGGGUGCUCCAUGAAUGAUAGAGAAAACUAUCUGAUAAAAGGCUUUUGAAUAAAGGAGUAAAGAAAUCUGGAUUAAGAUUUAACCCUGGGUUAAUGCUAAUUAGCUUUCAAACAGCUGGGCCCAGAUCUUGGAAGUUGAAGGGUUUGGUGACCAGUUCACAACAUAUCAAAUUAAAAGAUCCAGAUAUUAAACAACCAAGGCUUGUGUAUCUCUUAAAAUGGUUUUGGUCAUAAGCUUGUUAAGGUAAAAAGUACAAUGGGGAUUGGGGAUGGAUUAAGAUCCCAGGUGGCUUAUGCCCCUUCCACCCCCUACAUCCACCCCUUGUUUGUGGCAGAGAAAUAAUUUAUGAUAAUAAACCACGUGGAAUAUGUCCAGAUACCUGUGAGACACAAAUGGAGGAUUCACCCCUUGAAAAUUCCUUAUAGUAACCGUACAAUGAGAAAAAAAUCACCUAGUGAUAUGGAAUCUUUCUCAUCAAGAGAAUACCAAUUGUGAUUUGAUAAUUUAUGAUGUAAAACAGUUGUACAUAGAGAUUUGUUUAGGCUGUCAUUUACCUUUUGGCUUUUCAAUAACAAACUUCUCAUGUAACUGUGGUUAAACCGUGAUGUUUUUAUUGUGUUUUAGUGCUUCAUACGACACAACAGUCAAACUAUGGGAGCUGGAGCGUGGCUCCUGUGUUCUUUCUCUCUCCAAACAUCAAGAAGCAGUACACUCUUUGUCGUUUAGUCCUGAUGGCAGAUACAUUGCAUCAGGGUCUUUUGACAGGGCACUGAAUGUCUGGUCAACACAGGUAGGGAAUAUAUUCACUCUUUUUCCAAUAAUGAAAUUUUUUUUUUUUUUUUUUUUACCCUUUAACUUCAGUUGGUGAUCAAUAAUCUACUUUUCCUCACAGUUCCAGGGCAUCUUAAGCAAAUGGGUGAUGUUAACCCUUUAACUCCCAGAUCAAAUUUGUAAUUCUCCUUACUAUCAACCAUACAAUCCAUACAAUUCCUAUAAUGUUAGUUCAGAGAAUUUAGCGUUGGAUCAACUAAUUAUCCCUAAAUUCACAUUUCUCUUUAUUCUCAUCACUUAUCUGGUUCAUAUUGUAUUGAUAUUGUAAGGAGAAAUUCUGUCUUGGUCACUCAUGGAAAUUAAAGGGUUAAUAGAAGAACGUAUAGGUAAGAGGGUGCAACCUUGAUCUAAUUCCAGUUUAUCAAAGAAAUUAAGAGCUGUAAGGGAAAGAAGUAACGAUGAACUGCGACCCAAGACUCCUUAGAAAAGUGAAUAUGAGCGAAUUAAUCUCGUGCGCGUAAACGAGGAGACACGCAAACGGGUGAUGGGAAUAGGACAAGGACGCACCUUAGACACGCCAGGAAAAGUUAGGAGUUCCUCGCGUGUUCUUUUCACAAACCGCGCCUUUUUUUAUUCUUGUCUGAAAAUCGAACCUGGAUGUCAGCCAGUCGCAGAUAAGUAGCAUAUGUUUAUUAAUACAUUAUUUUCAUUUUUCUUUAGACUGGCACGCUAGUUCAUAGUUACCAUGGUAAUGGGGGUGUAUUUGAAGUACAGUGGAGUCCAAGAGGAGACAAAGUAGCUGCGUGCUUUUCAGACAAUACGGUGAGUUAGCAGGACAAUACGGUGGGAUAUCCAAUGGUAUUUAAUGGUGAUUUAUCAAAUUUAAAACUCCGAAUAUUACAUUUUCUAAUGAUCAGUUCAUUCAGCUCUGUUUAUCAGCUCGUGUACCUUAGCGAUUGAAGCUCUGUUACAGUCUGUAAUUUUACCAUGAUUGAUGAAGGCAAUUGAACUAAGUAACAGUGCAAUUUGGUGUGAGUUCAAAUGCACCAUAUAUUUCAAAUCGAAUGAGAGCGCGGCGCGAGUUCCAUUUGAAUUCACAAGUAUGAUUUCAGACUAAAAUUGCACAAAACGAAGUUCAGUUACGUCACACAAUGGCUUCUUUGUCUUUCUUUUACCUGAAAUUUAUUUGGUUACUUUAGACAAGUCUUCAAAUGUGAUUGGUUGUUUUGAAGAAAGACAGUGUCAUAUGUGAACAAAUCGCACUGCUGAGUGCCAAUCAGAUUGCAAGGAUUGCGAAAUCAGAUUGUGAUUUCAAAGUGGAUAUGAUAAAAAACAAAAUUGGAUGCCACGAAGCGGUAGUUCUAUAAGACUAAUCAUGAGUUGGUUUGGAUUGGCAGUUUUCUUUCAAUCAAUUUAAUGAUUUUCUUCUAUUUUCCUAACAGCUGUGCGUUUUAGACGUCCGGAAUCUCUGAUGUUUUUAAACCUCAUCCUAUGUACAAAUGUUCCUGGAGAACUUCAAAAGUAACUUUCCAUCACUCAGUCCACCACAGAGAAGUCGAACGCAAGAGAACUCGCAACUGUCAGCUAGUUGUGAUAACUUAAAAAUCCAUGAAAUGCGUCAAUUUACAGAACCAACGGACCAAAAAACCAAUUUUGAUUUUCACUAUCGAAAUAUCGCUACUGUUUGCUUGAUGUUGACUGAGAAAAUUCGAUUUUUUUAAAUUUAUUUUCAAGGGAUGAUACGUAUUUAUAUUUUUGAGUGCUGGCCCCAGCAGAGGACGUAUACCCGAAGAGUUUUCGGCUAUUUUUCCUAAAGGAAAAUAGCAAGAGGGUUCGGAAAGAAGUCGGUAACAUAUCGAUAUCAUGUGACAUUGUAAUGACCGACAACUUUUCCUACAUUAAUUUUAGUCAACUUUAACAAUGAAUAUUUCAACCUCUGUCAUUUUCAUCGUUGUAGAAAGUUUUCUUUAGUUCUGCGCAAGAACGCGUAUUUAUUAAUUCUGAUGAUAAUCUUUUUUAAUAUUUGUUACCUUAAUACUUAAAUCGCUUCAAACUUCACUUUAACUACUACCAGUUCUCAUUAUGGCUCAUUACGCGAAAGUGAAAAAUUUCUUCCACGUUGUUUGGACCACGGAAGAGAGAAGCUUUUGGUGUCCAAUCAUUACCUCGAUUGUUAUGUAGUAAACAUUUGUGUUUUUAUCGUGUAUCAUAUCACCAGACAUAUUCUCUUCCGAUGUAAUUAUGUUGAAGAAAUUCUAUCAAUAGGCUGUACUUUUAAAUUACAAAUAUCAACAUUAAAUUUUAAAGUGCAUAACUAAGUAAUAUCUAAGUAUGUCGAGUAAAAGAGAUUUGUUUACAACUCUUUGGUUCCAGUUGCACUGAAUUAGCCGAAUACCAAUAUACC